UGUGCGGCACUUUACGUCAUAUUGUCACAUUAUCGGCAGUGUACGUCACACGCUGUUACAUGUGGAUUGUGUGAAUUUUAGAAUAACAUUUUAACUUCGUAAACUGUGUUGUUUUGGUUGUAGUUAACUCAGUGUUUUCAAAAGACUGUUGAAUCACAGCGGCCGCAGUUUAUUCAUAUGGAACGACAAAAGCCCGCGGUUUUUAGAAAAACAGCUGCAGACAUCUGAACUGGUUAGCCAGAUUGCUACAGUACUUUAGCAAAGGACGGUAAAGUAAAGGCUACGUGACAUGGAGAACUACAGAAAAGCCCGUACAGUCGAGCAGCCCUCCCUGUGUCCGUUCCCCAACCUGCCCAGCGACACUCCAGAAGUUCGAGUGAAGGAUGGCAGCAAAAUCCGAAACCUCAUGAGGUUCGCUUUAAGCCGCAUGGAGGAGAAAACAGCCUCCGCAGAUCAUCCAGGCCCUCAUGAAGGCUCAGAGGUGAGCGUUGGAUCGGGGGAGAAUCUGUGCCGCCAAAUUGUGUUCACGGGUGUUGGUCAGAGCGUGGCUAAAGCCAUCACGUGCGUGGAGAUCAUGAAAAGGCGUGUACACGGCCUACACCAGCACACCAAACUGGUCUAUCGCACAGUUCAGGAGGUCUGGGAGCCCCUAGAGCCUGAGGCUGGGUUGGACAGUCUCACAGUCAGCAGAAAUGUACCCAGUAUAUGGGUUCUGCUCUCCAGAGACUCACUUGAUAAGAACCAGCCAGGUUACCAAGCUCCAGGUUCUUUUAAUGCUUUGUGGGCUCAGACUCUCAAAGAGGAAGCAGCAACUCCGAAACAUGGACAGAGAAGGAAGCGGGGUGGAACAGGGGCUGGAAGGACAGAAGGGGCUGGGAGAGGAAAGGGUCCACGCAAGCACCCGGGGUGACCUGGAGAACCACGUAAACCUCUAGGUCAUGCUGGGGGAGGGCAGGAUUAAAUCAGUGUAAAAUCUUCCUGCCAUUGCUUGGUUCAUAUUGAGUAUUUUCCCUUUUGAAGUGCCAUAUCUUGAGAAUGUCUGUAAUUAAAAUGGGAGUUUUAAAGGGUAUGUAAUGACAAGUCCCUUAAAAUAAAUUCAAUCUUUAUUUAUUCACACUUAACUAUUUCUGUAAAUAAAUGAGACUGACUUCAGAAAAGCCUCACUCUAAUUUCCCCAUUGAAAUAUAGUGCCAAAGAGACAAGAAGUUUUAUACAUCAGCAUGUUUUUUUUUUCCCAUUAAAAUAUCUUACUGGAAAAACAAUUAUUCUGUAGGUUUCUUUUUUUUGGGAUGUCUUGAUUAUAUAUAAGGUGAAACGGGUGGAUUGUUUUUCUAUUUGGAGGAGUUAUUGCUGCUUCAGGAAGAAAUUCAAACCAUGAAGCAAACAAACACCAUACACAUGAUAUUUGUUUCAUAUUUUUGCAGAUUUGAUUAACAGAGUAAGUGCCAGGCUAAGGUUUUCAUAUCGUAAGAAUGAAAACAGGUAAUGUUUUCCACUAACCUCUCCAUUGUUUUAUGCAAAGUAAAGGAAAUUGUGUAUUUUGAAUACCAAAUACAGUAUGUCUGUGCAGAAAAUACACAAAUGUGGCCUUGAAGGGCUGUGACCAAACACCACCAAAGCAUGCAGAUGUUGUAUUGGGUGUUGUUUUUUGACAUAAUUCAGUUGAAAAACAGAUGUUUGAUCAGA